GUAGUAAUAUGCUAUUCCUUGGAUGUCUGGCUCUGGCACUGGCCGUCGAGAAGAGUAAUCUUCACCAGAGAAUCGCAUUACGAGUAUUAUUACAAAUCGGCACUCAAUUUGAAUGGCUUUUAUUGGGCUUUAUGUUGACGACAAUGAUGUUGUCGAUGUGGAUCGUGAGCACAGCCACCGUAGCCAUGAUGUUGCCCAUCGCCGACGAAAUACUCAGCCAUCUGUUCCCCGACGGCAACCAAAACGUGGACAACGAUCACAAGAAUCUGUUGAACAGUUGCGAUACGGAGUGCAGUAAAUCCAAGUUAUCGACGGCUAUUACUUUUGAUAAAGAGGUCGAUUCUGUGAACAAGAAUAAAUUGAGCAAAUUGUUGUACUUAAGUAUCGCAUACUCGGCCACAAUGGGCAGCGCCAGUACUCUCACCUCAAACGGACCAAAUCUGGUCAUGAAAUUCAUUAUUGAAGAGAUCUAUGACAAUCGUGAUCCGGUGGACUAUGCCAGUUGGUUUGUAUUCGCCGCACCCGUCUCUAUCAUUAUAACACUGGUUUGUUGGCUAAUAUAUAAAUUAUUAUUUUUA